GGAGCGAGGCCCGGUGCUGGGCGGGGAUGGGGCGUGAGGCGCCGGGUGCCAGGGAAGGCUGACCUGCGAGCUCCUCCGCGGCGGGAGGCCGGUCCUGGAGGGCGUGGGGGCGACCGGGAUCGGUGGGCUCCUCUGGCGCCUCUGCCCCGGGGCUGGGCGGCCUGCGGCGGCUUCAGCCGGCCUGCGAAGAGCGGUACGUCAGCCUGUUGUGUGCACCAACAACCAUGUGUUUUGUUCCAUUUGUAUCGACCUGUGGUUGAAGAACAACAGCCAAUGUCCAGCCUGCAGAGUCCCCAUCACUACUGAAAACCCAUGCAAAGAGAUUAUUGGAGGAACCAGUGAGAGCGAGCCCAUGCUGAGCCACACUGUGAGAAGGCACCUGCGCAGGACCCGGCUGGAGUUGCUCCACAGGGAGUAUGAGGAUGAAAUAGAUUGUUUGCAGAAAGAGGUAGAAGAACUUAAAAGUAAAAAUCUCAGCUUGGAGUCACAGAUCAAGACCAUUCUGGAUCCUUUAGCCUUGAUGCAGGGCAGUCAAAACGAAGACAAACAUCCAAUGGCCGAUAAUCCAAGUAAAAUUGACCCAGAAUCAGUAGUAGAAUGGAAGAAAAAACUCAGAACAGCCAAUGAAAUAUAUGAAAAAGUUAAAGAUGAUGUGGAUAAGUUAAAAGAGGCAAAUAAAAAAUUGAAGUUGGAAAAUGGUGGCCUGCUGAGGGAGAAUUUGCGGCUGAAGGCUGAAGUUGACAACAGAUCUCCCCAAAAGUUUGGAAGGUUUACAGUUGCUGCUCUUCAGUCCAAAGUAGAACAGUAUGAACGUGAAACCAAUCGCCUCAAGAAAGCUCUAGAACGAAGCGAUAAAUACAUAGAGGAACUGGAGUCUCAGGUAGCACAGCUGAGGCACUCGGAGGAGACAGAGGAAGGCAUGGGUGCCCUGUGCCAGAGGGCGCCCUCUGCAGAUGGCAAGGGGCCCAAAGGCAGCGAUGACGUUGCAGCAUCCAAGAAUCCGAGUGAAGGUGCUGGAAAGCAGGCUGGCUCAGCCAAUUCAGCCUCUCACCUGGCCACACCCUCGAGCAGCAGACUAGCUGACACCAGUUCUGCCAGACAGGAGAGCACCAGCAGGACUGAACCAAACUGUCUCCAAAACAAAGACAGAUACCCCAAGCCCACAGAAGCACAGCUGGGUGCGAGAGAGACACCGAUGGACACUUAUUUGGAGCGACAGUGGGGCAGCAAGCCAAGCGACUGCGCUCCUUACAAGGAGGAAGAGCUUUAUGGUCUCCAGGCUUCCUGCACUCCCUUGUCGCUCAGCUGCCUUCAGCUCAACACUCCAGAAAACAGGGAGAACCCUGUGAUCAAAGCAGGUGGUUCCAAAAAGCAUGCAAACCAUCUCAGAAAACUGGUAUUUGAUGAUUUCUGUGAUUCUCCAAACACCUGUAAUAACAAUUCUUCAGAGGACGAUAGAAGUGGAAAUGAGAAGAAAUCAGACUGCUUUGCUUCCUCAAAGACAGAGUUUUGGGAUUGUUGCUCCACAAGCUAUGCCCAGAGCUUAGAGUUUGAUGGUUCAGAGGGGAAUACAAUUGCAAAUCCUGUUGGGGAAGUACCUUCAAAGUUGAGUGAGAAGUCAGGAUUCUGCUUGUCCAAGAGACUGAGUUGUAUUCGCUCCCUGGAAAUGAACCGGACAAGGACCUCCAGCGAGGCCUCCAUGGAUGCUGCUUAUCUUGACAAAAUCUCUGAGCUGGAUUCCAUGAUGUCAGAGUCUGACAACAGCAAGAGCCCUUGCAAUAACGGUUUCAAAUCAGUGGAGUCAGAGGGGUCCUCAAAGUCACCUCAAGGCAGGGAGUUUCUUGAGGAACCUGACAAGUUACAAGAAGGAGCUAAACUGAGUCUUCCCAAAAAUGCCCUCGAAGCUGAUGGGUUAGAAGGUGGGAGUGAGUGGAAACCCUCCUCUUUCUUUCUCCUCUCUCCAUCUGACCAUGAAAUGAGUGAAGAUUUUUCUCUCCACACUACUUCUCAUUCGGGAGCUAGUGAAGUCAAAUCACAAAACUGUUUGUUUCAGACAGAGUUUUCCCAGGGUGUUCAGCUGUUAAGCAGUUCCCAAGGAUUAUUCGAGGAUCAGAGGUUUGGGUCGUCUUUAUUUAAGAUGUCCUCAGAUAUGCAGAGUCUUCCCGGCCCCCUUCAGUCUCCGUGGUCUGCCGCCUUCGUGUCUGAGAAGAGGAGCAAGAAUGGGAACCAGUCCGCAAAGCGAAAGAUACAGAGCAGCCUCUCCAACGCCAGCCCAUCCAAGGCCACCAAAAGCUGACUCACCAGGGACAUAGCCUUGUAGGGUGGGGUGUUUGCAGUGUCACCUGAGUCACUUCACGAAGCUUCUUUACAGUCCUGAACUGACGACCUUCAGCCAAGGGUCAAGUCAGAACUGUGGGUCUACCUGGCUCCAGGGAUGUUGCUCUGUUGCUUUUGUUUGGUCAUCUUUUUAGCCAGAGAGCUUAGGGAGAAGGUCUGACCUGUCUCAGUGUCAUGUGUUCUGCUUUUUCAAUGAAUGUCCUAUGUAUCUGGAUUGGAUCCAUGUUUUCUCAGAUCUGACUUGUUAGAUAUGGUGACUUGUUAUGACUCAACUGCCUUCAGGACUCGUGCUUCUUAGAACAUUUGGUAUUGUCUGUUCUGCUCUUUAAAGCUUUUCCUAGAAUGGACAUUUUAUGCCUCUUUUUAUUUAUGUUUAGUGAUGGCCUAACUAUUACCAAGGCCAUGCUGGAAAAAUGGCACUCCCUUCUUAGAGGACUCACUGACUUUUUUAGGUUUUAUAUAGUCGUUUACAAUUUGUUGCAUUCUGUUCUGUCCACUUGGUGUGCCUGUGUGCGUGUGUGUGUGCGUGCGUGUGCGUGUGUAUGUGUGUAUGCACACGUGCACGCACACAUACUAGUGUGAAUGAGCACAUUGUAUGAAAAUACUACUUCAAGUCGUUUGUAUCUGCUUACCUUUGAGCGUAUGCAUAUGCGUGUGGGUGUAAGUUAGAAUCAUUCUGUAUUGGAAGGCACAGAGCAGCUGGGUCUGGAGGAACUUAAACAUCUAGCUUUUCCCCAAAUGUGUAGGUAGAAAUGCAGUCUGUUCCGUGUCUGAUCUGUCCUGUCACGGUGAGCCUUUGUGUAGUAAAGUUCUGUUUGCAUGUCACUGCUCACUGGGGCAGCUGUAAGCAUGGGGGCCUUUCCACUUGCUCCACUCUCCAACCAGAGAACAAACAGCCUCUGACUGGCUAGUGACUAUCUAUUAUGUAGAAGAUUUUUUUUAAAUGAAAAGUAACAAGUGUGAGUGGGACAGUGAGAGCGAAGCACAGCCGUUAGUGUAGGCUUUAAAAGUAUGUUAUUUUAAUGUGUUCCGUAUGCCAACAUAGACGAUAAAAAUGUCUGCUGCAUUCUAGUAACGUGUUAUCUGAUGUGCGAUGAACAUUUUACAUGUAUUGUCUUACCUUAACACUGCAUGCUUUUUUAUGUAAUUAAAUAAAGGAUGCCACAUGCACUACA